GUUCCUCAGUUGACUUUUGGAUGCAGACGUGCCACGGAGAUGGCUAGAGAAAAAACAAAAGAUUUACUCUCCGCUUUUGUAAGGAGUUACUGGAAGCCCAACAAGAUGUUGAGAAGCAUCAUCUUUCCUAAAUGCUGAAUUUGGAAUUGACUGAGGAGUGUGAUGAGCAGCUGAGGAUCAUCAUUCAUGGACUUAAAUGACUAGCUGACGUCCAGGAUGAAUUUCACAGCGACGCCUGAACCCAAGGAGCCUUGCGUCGAUUACGACGCGCUCCAGCGCCCCCUGGCGGUGCUUUACUCCGUGAUCUUCGCCCUGGGCCUUCUAGGGAAUCUAGUGACUCUGUGGGCACUGUUCCGCGUGGGCUCAAAACGGAACUCAGUGCGAGUGUUCCUCAUCAACGUGGGCUUCGCCGAUCUUCUGCUAGUGGUCUGUCUGCCGUUCAGGGUUCUCUACCACAGCCGAGGGAACGUCUGGACCUUGGGAGCCACGCUGUGCGACGUAGUGGGCAACUUCUUCUACAUGAAUAUGUACAUCAGCAUCACUCUGCUGGGGUUGAUCAGCGUGGAUCGCUACAUGAAGAUCCACCGGGGAACUCGGACGCAGAGCAGAUUGCUGUCCACCAGGUGUAGCGCCGCCAUUUGUGCGGUGAUCUGGAUUACGGCUUUCGGCCUUACUUCGGUCUUCCUCGUGCCGCACACUCCAUCGCACGAAAACAGGUGCUUCCACUACAAAGAGCUCCAAGAUGAAAAGUGGAAAGCCUACAUCAACAUCUGCUUGCUAGUGCUCUUCUGGAUUGUAUUCAUAUCCCUGGUGGUGUCCUAUAUGAAGAUUGCUCUCAAUCUACUGAGGAGGUCGCAAGACAAGCCGGACCUGCCCAACGCUCACCGCUACUCACGAACUGCGCGGAAAUCCUUCUUCAUCUUGUUCAUUUUCACCAUCUGUUUUGUUCCCUAUCAUGUCAUUAGGGGGUUCUACAUCAAGACCCAGAUUACUGAAAUGUCCUGUUUCUGGAGGGGCGUGGCCGACAAGGCCAACGAAUUGGCCUUGCUGUUUUCGGCUCUAAACACUUGUCUGGAUCCUGUUUUGUUCUUCCUAUUAUCGUCCUGCGUGAGGAAAGAGAUGCGGCGUUUGAUGGCUAACAUGUUUCGUGUGCGAAAUACUAUCGUGGGUUUUAGCGCGAGCAGCUCCACUGUGGAAGUGGAGAACGGGAGACCUGACCGAGAGCAAGUCAGUGUUCCGGCUAAUUCUGAAUGAAAGAUUUGUCGACAUUUCUUAGUUCAUCUUCGGUUGAAACAGCAGUUCUUAAUAGGGCUGCAACUAACGAUUAUUUCAUAAUCGAUGAAUCGGCCAAUUCAUCAAAUGAUUAAUGGAUUAAUCGGAUAAAUGCCACCUUUUUUCAAAUACCUUCACAGUUUAACUAGAAGUUGUUUUAGGCAUAUUGUAUGUAACAAUGAAGACAAAAUUGAAUUUCAAAGCACACUCUCUUGUAUGACAAUUUACAGUUUGAAUGGGAGUUUGGUUUGAGACUCUAAGCCAGGGGUGGGCAAACUAUUCCACAAAGGGCCGCAGUGGGUGCGGGUUUUUGUUGCAACCCAUUAAGAGGACACCUUUUCACCAAUCUGUUGUUUUACAAGUGCAAUCAGUCAUUUGCAGUCAGGUGCUUCUCAUUUCUGCUGAAACCUCAUUGGUUAAACUAUCUGCGCUGGGUCAGUUGGAACAAAGACCAGGACCCACUGCGGCCCUCGAGGACCGGUUUGCCCACCCCUGCUCUAAGCUGUUAUAUGAAUAGGUUUAUGUGUGUGGUUUCUUCAUAAAAAUAAAUUUACUUUUAACUUUACUGUCUAACAAUAACUCAAGCGCCAAUAUGCUUCUCCGAAACACAAUUCAAACAGACGCUAAGGACACUGAUUAGCAUAAUUGCUAAGUAGCUUAGCGCUCCGUGAUAAGUAGUAACAUCUCAUCAACAAAGGAUACAAACAAUGCAAUUGGAUUCAUUUAUUCACCUCUGACGGAGGAACACAAGAUCUACACUGCUAGCCAAAUGCAUUGGCACUCCUGCAAUUCUGUCAGAUAAUGCUCAAUUUCUGUCAGAAAAUGAUUGCAAUUACAAAUGCUUUGGUAGUAACAUCUUCAUUUAUUUUGCUCGCAAUGAAAAAACACAAAAUACAAAGAAAAAAAAAAUCCAAUCAUUAUUAUUUUACAGUCCAAAAAUGGGCCGGACAAAAGCAUCAGCACCAUCAGCCUAUUACAGUGGGGCAAAUAAGUAUUUAAGUCAACCACUAAUUGUGCAAGUUCUCCCACUUGAAAAUAUUAGA